UCUUCAGCGGAAACAAAUUUGUGAAAAAAAUUUUUUUAAUGGAAUUAAACGAAGAGAGUGUCACGAAGCAUUCAGACUUUAGUAUUGAGCAUAUCUUGAAUCGCGCGGGUAAUAAUAUAACGAGGAAUGAAGGGGACUUGCGUCACAACCCGGUGGAAAGUUUUCAUUGGCUUCAGUGUUCCAGAUACUGUCCACCAAAAGUUCCAAGGAUAAACAAGAAAGAGACUUUUCAAAAGAGGCAACUGGGUAGGCAUCCAAGAAUCCCAUUCACUAGUACCCAACUGUCAAUAUUAGAACAAAAAUUUCAAGAGAGCCCGUAUUUAAGCAGCGACGAAGUUAUGACACUUUCGCAGAAACUGAAACUGGCGGACAUACGAGUGAAAAUUUGGUUCCAAAACAGAAGAGCGAGAGAAAGGAGAGAACGAAACUCGACUUCCAAUGAUAACAGAGCAAACCCAGAAAAUCCACAAAAUGGGGAAACGAACGAGCGUAGGGAACAAACUUUUUAUAAACAUUUAUUAACGAAUAUUAAUGAAAAUUCGGUUUCUAUCUUUACAAUGUCGAAUGAAAGAGACCCAAAAAAAAUUUCCGAAGAGACUGCAGUCGGCAGUCACACACAUUCUAGUCACGAAUAUGUUGUAAAUUAUGAAAUCGGUCAAAAGGUAGUCUCCUCCAUGUUUCCUUUUGCAAAAUAUUCUACAGCCAAUGAAGAGGAUUCUAGAGAGUGGAUUGGACCAAACGGAACCAUUUCCUGGCCUGCGAGGAGUUUAGAUUUGAUUGUGGUUCACAUGGAAAGAUAUGGUCAAUUUAGGGUGUGCAGCAACCAGUACGCGCGGCAAUACACUAUCUGA